AUGGCUAACAUUCCAUGGAGGAAUAACAAUUUUACCGUGUCAAAUAAAGACCCACCUUUCUCGGAUCAAGGGGAGACCAUUAUAGGAGUAUACCUGUUGGUGCUAGGUGGGUAUACAUUUAGAGAACUUGCUUAUAGAGUUUUUGGAAUGUAAUUUCGUUUUUAAAAUGCAUCUUUGCUUUUAUGAUGCAAAGACAUGAUUUAGUUUUGCUUUCAUGGCAAAACAUCUGGAAAUAUGUCAUUAAUGGCUUGUUUACCACUACAUAAUUUCUCUAUUAUUUCCGAAACGUUAAGGUAAGAUGAAUGACAGUACUUUUUUUAUGAAUUUACAAAAUAUGUGAUUCAGAGUAGCCUACAUUUAUCUUGUUAUUUUUUUACUCUACCAUGUGUUGAUAUCGCAGUACACAACAAUUGGGUGAAGAGUUCGAUUGCACUGCAGAAUACAAAUUACCAAUGCCAGAAACCUUUGUUAUUGCAGUUGUUAUACUACUGUCAGUGUAGUGUAUGGGCAACAGUUAGUGGAUUUGGUGCUAUAAGUAGCUUAGGACAAAUCUUCUCCAGGGAGAGAGGUGAAUCCUGCAGCCAUUCAGAUCCUGUCUAAGACAUGGAAAUCGUCAAUCAAGAAAGGAUGGCAGUCAGCCAGACUUUCUUUAAGAGAGGGCAGAAAGACAUGUAAUUCCCUGUUAUUUGGUGCAAAUAUAUUUAAAUUGAUCCUGACUUUUGAAAUCAAUAGGGUUACUGUAAUUUUAGUUAGAGGAUAGGUAGGCUACUCAGUGCACCUACUAUUAGCUCUAAAGGAAGUUUCAUGAAGGAAGAUUUAUGCUCAUUUCAGCAUUUGAAUAUUUAGUGUUUGAAGAGAAGGUCAGUAGGUUAAAAUCACAGAUGAGGCACUUUGUCACCUCAAUGCUUCAUGCUGCUUUAUGAGCUGCAUUUUGUAUGGUGUGACUACAAUUCCAUUACUUUUCACAAAACUGAAGAGGCCUUUGAUCAUAGGUAGUGUGGGACACACUGGUAAUAGAUGGGGUGAGUUUCCCUCUAUGUAGUGCUUUUAGUGUCUGGAAAAGAGCUAUAUAAAGCCAAUCAGUUAGUAUGUCAAUGGGUUUUUUCCUCGUCAGGUUGGCUGUCGUGGUUCGGCAACAGUAUCGUGAUCUUUGUCCUGUACAAGCAGCGUGCGUCACUGCAGCCCACGGACUAUCUGACCUUUAACCUGGCCAUCUCCGACGCCAGUAUUUCCGUCUUUGGCUACUCCCGAGGGAUCCUGGAGAUCUUCAAUGUGUUCCGGGACAACGGAUACCUGGUUACCUCCAUCUGGACAUGCCAGGUAGGCAAUGAGGGGAUCUGGUUGGAGGGGGAAAAGUUGUUUUGUGAGAUGCUUCAAAUUUAUAUUGUAUGUGAAUGGUACUGUGUUGCAUGUGUAGCAUGUGCCAUCCUACUGCAGGAUCCGAUACUAUACUCACUUACAGCAAUACUCACAAGACACAGACAUUACCGCUAUCCCAUAAAACAUGGCAUUAUUGGACAGGACUUUAGUAGUUCAGGUCUCCUGGAAGGUGACGUCACUGUGAGAUGCUAACUUCGCCAUCCUCUACACAAAUGUCAAACACACAACCAGGACAACUUACCUUUAUGAUUGCAGAUUUGCAAAAACAUUGCUCUAUGGCUUUGUUCCUAUUGGAGUUCUUUAUCAUUUCCAGCUAAUUGCCUAGUUAAGAAUAUCAAUGGUCCACUCAGAAUGGAAGACUAAGUAAAUAUAACACAAUGGGCAAAGCAUAGAAAUGUGUUGCAACAGAUCAUUAUAUUCACUACACUACAAUGCUUCUUUGGGGGGAUGAUCCUUUCUAUUAUUAGCUUGGUGACGAAUAGAAUAUUAACAAUGGGUGCUCCGGACAGUUGAUCAUUAAUUCAAUAAAAAGUAGCGUGUUGGCACAUUCAUCACAUUGAGUGAUGACGAUGAGUCACCUGGAAGAAGCGAGAUGGUGGUUUUACAAGGUGUCACAAAGGCAUUAGAUUACUAACUACAGCACAGGAGAAAAGGUCUAUAGGCUUCACCUGAAGUAAUAUAAUGUUAAUAAUAUAAUAUAAUAUAAUAUGCCAUUUAGCAGACGCUUUUAUCCAAAGCGACUUACAGUCAUGCGUGCAUACAUUUUUUUUUUUGUGUAUGUUAACACUAUCUUAGGGGGGAAUAAGAAUGCUUUAGCCACAUCAACAGCCAAACAUAGAUGGAUGGUUAAGGUCUGGUACAUGCUUAUUGCAUUUGAUAAAGAGGAAGCGUGAUUUGCACAAGGGUCAAUAUCAUUAAGGUGUCCUGUAAUGUCUGGUUCCUUGUGUACGCGUGAUUAACGGGCAAUAUCCAUUACCUUGUUUUAUUGGGGUCUAUUCUUGAAAAUAUAAAUUUUAGUUCAAGCCUAUCAAUCAAUUUACCAGAUGGGUUUUUGUUUUGGUGCACAGUGUGAGAAAAUGGCACCUUAAAAAAAAACUGAAUGCAAUGUCUGUGAAAUUACAAUGUUAUCCCUGUUUUAUUUGUAUCAAACUUGUUAACACAACAACAGUAUGUGUGUUUUAAUGUUAAUUACAGUUAUUUCCCCAAGCAGGUGUUGCUGCUUGUUUGGUAAAAAUCGUAGUUAAAUAAUGUCCAACUAACGCUGAACAAAAAUAUUUUCAUUAACUAUUGGCCAAUGCUAAAAACAACAGGAAAACAACUAAAUUAAAAGUACUGUAUGAAAACAAACUAAAAGUAGAGACAGAAAUUAUUUUUAAAAGACUGAGAUAAAAAAAAUACAUUAAGUAACAGGGCAGAUGAGGAAAACAUAAAUAUGAGGAAGAGAGAAAGGAGAGUUUCUUCUGAGAAAGAAAAGGUUAGCAGACAUUGAAAGCUGGAUUCUAGAAUGUCUGGGUCAGAGUGAGGUGAGAGAGUGGUCAUUUACAUUUACAUCAUUUAGCAGACGCUCUUAUUCAGAGCGACUUACAAAUUGGUGCCAGUGGGACAACCACUUUUUUUAUUUUAUUAUUAUUAUUUUUUAUGGGGGGGAGGGGAUGAGAUUGCGGACCAUAGGAUAAACGUUUUUAGACAUUUCUAACAUAUACUGCCCUAAUUUUUGUAAGAAAAGUGAAGAUAAUAUGAAAGAUUAAUCUCUCGUGAAAUUGUAUGACUUGACUUAAACCAUAUUUUUUUGUAAGACAAAAUAUUUGAUAAAAUAUGUGAAAAGUCCGGACUGGGUUUAAUGGGUACUGAAUGUACCCUUUAAGCCCAUGGGUAUUCCAAAUAAGCCCACCUCUUAAAUAAUCCAUUUGAAUUAUUUCCUAAUGCUGAAAACGUACAAACUGACAUAUCUUAUGUUAACUUAAAUUAUAAUAAUCUCCCCUAAAGUUAUUAAAAUCAACUGAUCAUUACUAUUCAUCAUGGAAGUAUCACUCAUAAAAGGGGGUGUCCAAUCGUAUCCGCAGAGAACAAUGUGGGCCCAGGCUUUUGUUCAUGCCAACCAGUACACACCUGAUUCGACUAAUCAACUAAUCAUAGACUUCAACCAAGACUUGAUAAAUUGAAUCAGUGUUACUGUUUGGUUAGAACAAAAACAUGCACCCUCACCGGCCCUCUGUGGAUAAGACGCCAUGCACAAAGACCAUAACACAAACAACUUUUAAUGAAUUAUCUAAAAGCUGGUUCACAUUUGCUGUACUCUUAUUCUUGUUCAUUAGUUCAACUUGUCUUCCUAAAGCCUGUCUGAAGACAGUUUAAAAUCUCCCUCUCUACUGUUAAGGUACAUGUGCUGAACGAAACAACAAAAACACCUGGAUGAACGAGGGACAACAAUAUGACAAUGCCCCUGGCUCUAACUGCAUAAGUAGUCAUCCAAUAAUCAUCGUCUUGUCCCUCAUUUGUUUCCAUUUUUGUCCACUACUUUUAGGUCCUCCAUCCCUGAUAUCCUUCAACCCUGAUCUUAUUCUACUCUCUCUGCAUCAAUGACUACCUGUUCACUCCAAACGUCUUGGAGAGAGUAGAGAGGCUUUUAAUUGUUCUUAAUAGUUUUUAAAUCUUGGUAAACGCAUCAUUGAUAGAUGCAUAAUAUGCAUAAAUGUAGUUUGAGCAUUUUAAUUAAAAUAAAUCUGAAGAAAAAUAAUUUAUGCUCAGGUUCAUUGAAUAUUAGGGAUAUCAACACACAAUCUCCAUGUGUUUCAAUGCAAACCGGGCUACUGGGCUUAAUUGGAACAACAGUGAUUUAUGGUAAAAAAGACAGAAUAGCAAAGUUCAGUCAUAAACUAUUUGGAAACCAAUGGUUUUCGGGUAUAAAUUAACACUAUAGACUACAAUAUUAUGUGACGUUAGUUUUGAUCAUAUUGAACAAUAUUAUUUAAUUUUCAUUUACAUUAUGUAUAGAGCGAGUGCUUUUUGUGCUACUGUACCCUUUAAACCCACCUGAGAUAAAUGUCAAAUUUACAAAAAAGCCAACCAUGUAUAAAAAUGCAAGGUUCAUUUAACAGUAAAAUAAGACAAAAUUAAUUUAAAAAAUGUGAGCUGUGAGUGCUUAAGAUCUGUUAUAUUGUUGUGGUUCACCAAGUUAUGUUGCUACUGUAUUGACUGACAUUUGGUACGACUGCUAGCAUGAAAAACCCAUCUUUUCAAAUGGCAAGAAAUAGUAAUUAAUACCUACAGUGGGGAGAACAAGUAUUUGAUACACUGCCGAUUUUGCAGGUUUUCCUACUUACAAAGCAUGUAGAGGUCUGUAAUUUUUAUCAUAGGUACACUUCAACUGUGAGAGACGGAAUCUAAAACAAAAAUCAAGAAAAUCACAUUGUAUGAUUUUUAUGUAAUUAAUUUGCAUUUUAUUGCAUGACGUAAGUAUUUGAUCACCUACCAACCAGUAAGAAUUCCGGCUCUCACAGACCUGUUAGUUUUUCUUUAAGAAGCCCUCAUGUUCUCCACUCAUUACCUGUAUUAACUGCACCUGUUUGAACUCGUUACCUGUAUAAAAGACACCUGUCCACACACUCAAUCAAACAGACUCCAACCUCUCCACAAUGGCCAAGACCAGAGAGCUGUGUAAGGACAUCAGGGAUAAAAUUGUAGAUCUGCACAAGGCUGGGAUGGGCUACAGGACAAUAGGCAAGCAGCUUGGUGAGAAGGCAACAACUGUUGGCGCAAUUAUUAGAAAAUGGAAGACGUUCAAGAUGACGGUCAGUCACCCUCGGUCUGGGGCUCCAUGCAAGAUCUCACCUCGUGGGGCAUCAAUGAUCAUGAGGAAGGUGAGGGAUCAGCCCAGAACUACACGGCAGGACCUGGUCAAUGACCUGAAGAGAGCUGGGACCACAGUCUCAAAGAAAACCAUUAGUAACACACUACGCCGUCAUGGAUUAAAAUCCUGCAGUGCACGCAAGGUCCCCCUGCUCAAGCCAGCACAUGUCCAGGCCCGUCUGAAGUUUGCCAAUGACCAUCUGGAUGAUCCAGAGGAGGAAUGGGAGAAGGUCAUGUGGUCUGAUGAGACAAAAAUAGAGCUUUUUGGUCUAAACUACUCGCCGUGUUUGGAGGAAGAAGAAGCAUGAGUACAACCCCAAGAACACCAUCCCAACCGUGAAGCAUGGAGGUGGAAACAUCAUUCUUUGGGGAUGCUUUUCUGCAAAGGGGACAGGACGACUGCACCGUAUUGAGGGGAGGAUGGAUGGGGCCAUGUAUCACGAGUUCUUGGCCAACAAACUCCUUCCCUCAGUAAGAGCAUUGAAGAUAGGUCGUGGCUGGGUCUUCCAGCAUGACAACGACCCGAAACACACAGCCAGGGCAACUAAGGAGUGGCUCCGUAAGAAGCAUCUCAAGGUCCUGGAGUGGCCUAGCCAGUCUCCAGACCUGAACCCAAUGGAAACUAUUUGGAGGGAGCUGAAAGUCCGUAUUGCCCAGCGACAGCCCCGAAACCUGAAGGAUCUGGAGAAGGUCUGUAUGGAGGAGUGGGCCAAAAUCCCUGCUGCAGUGUGUGCAAACCUGGUCAAGACCUACAGGAAACGUAUGAUCUCUGUAAUUGCAAACAAAGGUUUCUGUACCAAAUAUUAAGUUCUGCUUUUCCGAUGUAUCAAAUACUUGUCAUGCAAUAAAAUGCAAAUUAAUUACUUAAAAAUCAUACAAUGUGAUUUUCUGGAUUUUUGUUUUAGAUUCCGUCUCUCACAAUUGAAGUGUACCUAUGAUAAAAAUUACAGACCUCUACAUGCUUUGUAAGUAGGAAAACCUGCAAAAUCGGCAGUGUAUCAAAUACUUGUUCUCCCCACUGUAUGUAGUAUGCUAUCAUGUGCAUAUAUCAACACAUUAAUCUCUUAAUUUUACAUUAAGUGUGAUCACUUAUCUGAGAAGGUACAGAAAAUAUCUAAAAAAUGUGUUUAUCUGAGAGUCACCUCCACACCAAAGUUUUUUUGCAGCUUUGAAAUGGACCGCUAGUAGGAACUUACACAUAACUGUCAAUAACUUAAUAAUACAACAUCUGAUUGUUAUUUCCAUAACCGUUUUUAUUCUAAGACAAUCAGAUGAAUUGGUUGAAACAUUAAACAGCAGGAAAUGUUUUUUUAUAUUUUUUUUUAUCCAAAGAUGGAAGUGGGCUUCAUGGGAACGUGGGCUUAAUAGGUACGCUUACCCUAACAAGCAGCAAGUAAAAUGCAUGAUGGGACAUGAACUCUGACAUGUAACUACUUUCCAACCAGACCUGGGUUCAAAUACAUGUGUAUUUGUGUAUCUGGUAUUUAAAAUACUUUUUUCUUCUGUGUACUUGAGUUUAAAAAAAAUACACAGCCCAAAACAAGUACUUUUAUUAACCAAAUUGUAUUUGAGAGUAUUUUCAAAUACUUUCCAAGUGUAUUUCCAAAUACAUAAAAAUAUUAAACUACUUAAACUACCUUUCAAAUAAAAUAUAUCUGAAUACUUACUUCGAAUAUAUGUAAAGGAAUUGAGAUAUUUGAAAAAGCAUUUGAACCCAGGUCUGUUUCCGAUUACGGAGAAACCCCAUUUGCAGAAAAUGAUAUGUUGCUCGAAGCAUCCCACCAGGUGUUUUUCAAAUUAUGGUCCAAGGUUUUUCCUCCAAUAGACUUUUGCAUUGUCCUUCAAAUUGCAGUGGUGGAAAAAGUACUCAAUUGUCAUAGUUGAGUAAAAGUAAAGAUACCUUAACAGAAAAUGACUCAAGUAAAAGUGAAAGUUACCCAGUAAAAUACUACUUGAGUAAAAGUACAAAGUAAAUGCUAUACAUCAAAUUCCUUAUAUUAAGCAAACCAGAUGGCACAAAUGUUGUAUUAUUUUAAAUUACGGACAGACAGGGGCACACUCCAACACUCGACAUAAUUUACAAACACAGUACUUGUGUUUCGUGUGUCCGCCAGAUCAGAGGCAGUAGGGAUGACAAAGCGUUAUAUUGAUAGGUGCCAUUAUUCUGUCGUGCUUGAGCAUUCUAAAUGUAACAAGUACUUUUAGGUGUCAGGGAAAAUGUAUGGAGUAAAAAGUACAUUAUUUUCUUUAGGAAUGUAGUGGAGUAAAAGUAAAAGUUGUCAAAAAUAUUAAUAGUAAAGUAAAGUACAGAUACCCCAAAAAACGACCUAAGUAGUUACUUAAAAGUAUGUUUACUUAAGUACUUUACACCACUGCCAAAGUGUAUCUGACCGUGAGGCAAAAGUGAAUGGGGCUUGGAUGUAAAUAUAUUAGAUUAGAUUAAGUAAUCCAAUCAGUCAAAGUACAUUGGGUCCUGUCUCCACUAGGAAGAGAAGUUAAUUCGGUAGAAGCUGUCAAUCUUGAUCAGACAUACUCACCACUGCUGACCAUAGCUGUAAUGGACUGAUCUUUAACUCCAUUCAAUGUACAGUUGAAGUCGGAAGUUUACAUACACCUUAGCCAAAUACAUUUAAACUCAGUUUUUCACAAUUCCUGACAUUUUAUCCUAGUAAAAAUUCCCUGUCUUAGGACAGUUAGGAUCAACGCUUUAAUUUAAGAAUGUGAAAUGUCAGAAUAAUAGUAGAGAGAAUUAUUUAUUUCAGCUUUUAUUUCUUUCAUCACAUUCCCAGUGGGUCAGAAGUUUACAUACACUCAAUUAGUAUUUGGUAGCAUUGCCUUUAAAUUGUUUAACUUGGGUCAAACGUUUCGGGUAGCCUUCCACAAGCUUCCCACAAUAAAUUGAGUGAAUUUUGGCCCAUUCCUCCUGACAGAGCUGGUGUAACUGAGUCAGGUUUGUAAGUCUCCUUGCUCGCACACGCUUUUUCAGUUCUGCCCACAAAUGUUAUAUAGGAUUGAGGUCAGGGCUUUGUGAUGGCCACUCCAAUACCUUGACUUUGUUGUCCUUAAGCCAUUUUGCCACAACUUUGGAAGUAUGCUUGGGGUCAUUGUCCAUUUCGAAGACCCAUUUGCGACCAAGCUUUAACUUCCUGACUGAUGUCUUGAGAUGUUGCUUCAAUAUAUCCACAUAAUUUUCCUUCCUCAUGAUGCCAUCUAUUUUGUGAAGUGCACCAGUCCCUCCUGCAGCAAAGCACCCCCACAACAUGAUGCUGCCACCCCCUUGCUUCACGGUUGGGAUGGUGUUCUUCGGCUUGCAAGCAACCCCCUUUUUCCUCCAAACAUAACGAUGGUCAUUAUGGCCAAACAGUUCUAUUUUUGUUUCAUCAGACCAGAGGACAUUUCUCCAAAAAAUACGAUCUCUGUCCCCAUGUGCAGUUGCAAACCAUAGUCUGGCUUUUUUAUGGCGGUUUUGGAGCAGUGGCUUCUUCCUUGCUGAGCGGCCUUUCAGGUUAUGUCGCUAUAGGACUUGUUUUACUGUGGAUAUAGAUACUUUUGUACCUGUUUCCUCCAGCAUCUUCACAUGGUCCUUUGCUGUUGUUCUGGGAUUGAUUUGCGCUUUUCGCACCAAAGUACGUUCAUCUCUAGGAGACAGAACGCGUCUCCUUCCUGAGCGGUAUGACAGCUGCGUGGUCCCAUGGUGUUUAUACUUGCGUACUAUUGUUUGUACAGAUGAAUGUGGUACCUUCAUGCGUUUGGACAUUUCUCCCAAGGAUGAACCAGUCUUGUGGAGGUCUACAAUUUUUUUUCUGAGGUCUUGGCUGAUUUCUUUUGAUUUUCCCAUGAUGUAAAGCAAAGAGGCACUGAGUUUGAAGGUAUGCCUUGAAAUACAUCCACAGGUACACCUCCAAUUGACUUAAAUUAUGUCAAUUAGCCUAUCAGAAGCUUCUAAAGCCAUGACAUUGUUUUCUGGAAUUUUCCAAUCUGUUUAAAGACACAGUCAACUUAGUGUAUGUAAACUUCUGACCCACUGGAAUUGUGAUACAGUGAAUUAUAAGUGAAAUAAUCUGUCUGUAAACAAUUGUUGGAAAAAUUACUUGUGUCAUGCACAAAGUAGAUGUCCUAACCGACUUGCCAAAACUAUAGUUUGUUAACAAGAAAUUUGUGGAGUGGUUGAAAAACGAGUUUUAAUGACUCCAACCUAAGUGUAUGUAAACUUCCGACUUCAACUGUAGCUAGAUCAGCUCUUCUGUGUUCUGGCUACAUAAGUGUCCAUCCUGGUGAACUGAAAACUGAAUAACCAGUAGAAGGAGUUGGCAAAAGUAGAGAGGAGCCCUAUUCACACAAAAUCAGUAAUUGGUUAAUGACGGAUUUGUUAAGUACAUGAGAAUCCAAACAAGUAUUCAACAGCAGGAUAAUUGUUUUCAACUUGAUCUUCUGAGUGAUUGGGGUCCUUCAACUUCUGCAAGAACAGUGGAUGUCUGUUUUUUCUACUGUAUUUGUUUUGAGAUUCUCUUCCCUGCACCUUCCCCCUAUAAGCAUCACUAACGGUAUUGUUGGUCUUUCCCAGGUGGACGGCUUCUUCACCUUGGUCUUUGGCCUCAGCAGCAUCAAUACUUUGACUGUCAUCAGUGUCACAAGAUACAUCAAGGGAUGCCAUCCGAGUAAAGGUAAGGCACUGUGACGCAACCUUUAUCCUUUCAUCUUCAUCUCAAUGAUUCCAAUAAAGUUGGAAGAAAAAUGCCCCUGUAGGCUAGAUGUUCUGGUCAGAGACACAAUGUUCUUGUGCGAGCCUUUUUUUAACUUUCAACUCUUUUCCUUUACCUAGCUCACUGCAUAACCAACACAACCGUAGGAAUGUGCCUAAUAUUCAUCUGGUUGGGGGCUGUGUUCUGGUCGGGUGCGCCCCUUCUGGGCUGGGGGAGUUACACAGGUGAGAUAAACAUGGCUAGUAAUCAUGUGACAUACUAUUUUAUACAGGGGCACUUACUUCUGUUAGGAUCUUGUAACAUUCUGGUUGGGCAACAUUUUCAAGAUUUGUAGGUGCACAAUGACGACAAAAAAAAUAAUAGAGCUAAAGCAAGUUGUUAUCUAAAACAUUUGCAGAAGACAAUCUUUAAACGAGAACUGACCAUAUUUUGACAUAUGUGGACCUUUUUUUCACACUUACCCUGACCUUUUUAAGGGCCAAAAUAGAGGAAAUUCUUCUUAAAUUUUAAACAAUCUUCACCUGAACAAAUACAAAAACAAAAUCAAACAUACGCAAAAAAAAUGUUUUAUCUUCAUGUGUUUGUAUCUCAAUCUCCGCCUCCUUUUAGAUCGUGGAUACGGAACGUGUGAAAUCGACUGGGCCAAAGCCAACUACUCCACCGUCUACAAGUCCUACAUCAUCUCCAUCCUCAUCUUCUGCUUCUUCGUCCCCGUGCUGGUCAUGCUGUUCACCUACGUGUCCAUCAUCAACACAGUGAAGCGAGGCAACGCCAUGGCCGCUGAGGGAGACCUGACCGACAGGCAGAGGAAGAUUGAAAGGGACGUCACCAUUGUGAGUAGGAUUCAAAUCAAAUCAACGUUUAUUGGUCACGUACACAGAUUUGCAGGGGUUACUAGCUCCAAGAGUGCAGUAGAAUGUCUCGCAAAUACAAUACAAAAAUCUAAACAAGAACUCAAGACAUGACAGAGUGAGUUCAAUAAACAAUCCAGAGUAGAUAUAUUAGAGUGAGCAUGUGUCAUAAUCCAGAAAAUAACAGCUGUACAAACAAUACUACAUAUAGACCAAGCGUUAAAAAAUGGGUUAUGAUUUAACGGUCAUCCUAACUUUCGUUUUCUCCCAGGUAUCCAUUGUCAUCUGCACAGCCUUCAUCCUGGCGUGGUCGCCGUACGCCGUGGUCUCCAUGUGGUCGGCCUGUGGCUUCCACGUACCCAGCCUCACCAGCAUCUUCACCCGCCUCUUUGCCAAGUCGGCCAGCUUCUACAACCCACUCAUCUACUUCGGCCUCAGCUCCAAGUUCCGCAAGGACGUUGCCAUCUUGCUGCCCUGCACCGGCGAUGGCAAGGACACGGUCAAGCUGAAGCGUUUUAAACCGAAAGGUGAGGCACACCAGGGCUCCGGAAGAGGCAAUGGACUCAAAGCACCUCCUCAUAACCAGAAGAUGAAGGAGAUGAAGUAUGCCCCUGGAAAUCCUUAUCCGCUCACGGCGCUUAAGGCGGCCCCAAGCCCAGAUUCGGGAGUGGGGAGCCCCCCCUGUACUCCUCCUCCUCCCGCCAACAAGGAGGUGUUCUUUAUCGACGUGCCCCAUCUGUCUGAUGGGCCAGAGUGGGAAUGCGACAGACUCUAA